GCCCUUGUUUCCGGCUGCGGCAGGUGCACGGAGUCUCCGCGACGCCCUGUGUCCUCCGCUCCUGCAGGCCCGGCCUGUGUUUCUGUGACCUGCAGGUACCGGGAGAGACACGGCUAGGACGCCGGGACCCUGGAAGGCUGGAAAUGGAACCAUUGACAUUUAAAGAUGUGGCCAUAGAAUUCUCUCUGGAGGAGUGGCAAUGCUUGGACAACGCACAGCGGGAUUUAUAUAGGCAUGUGUUGUUAGAGAACUACAGAAACCUGGUCUUCCUGGGUAUUGCUGUCUGUAAGCCAUAUCUGAUCACCUGUCUGGAGCAAAAAAAAGAACCCUGGAAUAUGAAGAGACGUGAGAUGGUAGCCAAAACCCCAGUUAUGUGUUUUCAUUUUGCCCAAGACCUUUGGCCAGAGCAGAACAUAAAAGAUUCUUUCCAAAAUGUGACACUGAGAAGAUAUGGAAAAUGUGGGCAUGAGAAUUUACAGUUAAAAAAAGGCUGUAAAAGUGUGGAUGAGUGUAUGGAGUACAAAGGAGGUUAUAACAGGGUUAACCAAUGUUUGACAGCUACCCCAGGCAAAAUACUCCAAUGUAAUAAGUAUGUGAAAGUCUUUCAUAAAUUUUCAAAUUCAAAUAGACAUAAGAAAAGACAUACUGGAAAUAAACAUUUCAAAUGUAAAGAAUGUGGCAAAUCAUUUUGCAUGCUUUCACAACUAACUCAGCGUAGAAGAUUUCAUACUAGAGUGAAUUCUUACAAAUGUGAAAAGUGUGGAAAAGCCUUUAACCAGUCCUCACAGCUUACUAGACAUAAGAUAAUUCAUACUGAAGAGAAACCCAACAAAUGCGAAGAAUGUGGCAGAGCCUUUAAACUGGACUCACACCUUUCUAUACAUAAAAGAAAUCAUACUGGAGAGAAACCUUACAAAUGUGAAGAAUGUGGCAAAGUCUUUAGUCAGUCCUCACACCUUACUACACAAAAGAUACUUCCUAGUGGAGAGAACCUCUACAAAUGUGAAGAAUGUGGAAAAACUUCUAAUCUAUUCUCAAAUCUUACUAACCAUAAGAGAAUUCAUGCUGGAAAGAAACCCUACCAAUGUAAAGAAUGUGGCAGAGCUUUUAACAUAUCCUCAAACCUUAAGAAACAGGAGAAAAUUUACACUGGAGAGAAACUCUACAAAUGUGAAGAAUGUGGCAAAACUUUUAGCCGAUCUUCAAACCUUACUAAACAUAAGAAAAUCCAUUCUGCAGAGAAAUCCUACAAAUGUGAAGAAUGUGGCAAAACCUUUAACCAGUCCUCAACUCUUAUUAUUCAUAAGAUAAUUCAUACUGGAGAGAAACCCUACAAAUGUAAACAAUGUGGCAAAGCUUUUAACCAAUCUUCAAACCUUACUAAACAUAAAAAAAUUCAUACUCCAGAGAAAUCCUACAAAUGUGAAAAAUGUGGCAAAGCUUUUAACCAACCCUCAAACCUAAUUAACCAUAAGAAAAUUUAUACUGGAGAGAAACCAUACAAAUGUGAAGAAUGUGGAAAAGCUUUUAAUCGAUCCUCAACCCUUACUAGACAUAAGAAAAUUCAUACUGGAGAGAAACCCUACAAAUGUGAAGAAUGUGGCAGAGCUUUUAGCCAGUCUUCAAACCUCGCCGAACAUAAGAAAAUUCAUACGGGAGAGAAACCCUACAAAUGUGAAGAAUGUGGCAAGGCCUUUAACCGAUUCUCAACCCUUACUAAACAUAAGAGAAUUCAUUCUGGAGAAAAACCCUAUAAAUGUGAAGAAUGUGGAAAAGCUUUUAAUCAGUCCUAUCAACUUAGUAGACAUAAGAUAAUUCAUACUAAAGAGAAACUCAAAGAAUGUGAAGAAUUUGGCAAGGCCUUUAAACAGUCCUCACACCUUACUCUACAUAAAAUUAUUCGUACUGGAGAGAAACCCUACAAAUGUGAAGAAUAUGGCAAAGCCUUUAACCAGUCUUCACAUCUUACUACACAAAAGAUAAUUCAUACUGGAGAGAAACUCUACAGAUUGGAAGAACAUGGAAAAGCUUUUAGCCUAUUCUCAAACAUUACUAACCAUAAGAGAAUUUAUACUGGAGAGAAACCCCACAAGUGUGAAGAAUGUGGAAAGGCUUAUAACCGAUUCUCAAACCUUACUAUACAUAAGAGAAUUCAUACUGGAGAGAAACCUUACCAAUGUGCAGAAUGUGGCAAAGCCUUUAACUGCUCCUCGACUCUUAAUAGGCAUAAGAUAAUUCAUACUGGAGAGAAACCUUACAAAUGUAAAGAAUGUGGCAAAGCUUUUAACCUGUCCUCAACCCUUACUGCACAUAAGAAAAUUCAUACUGGAGAAAAACCUUAUAAAUGUGAAGAAUGUGGCAAAGCUUUUAACCAGUCCUCAAACCUUACUACACAUAAGAAAAUUCAUACUUCAGAGAAACCCUACAAAUGUGAAGAAUGUGGCAAAUCAUUUAACCAGUUCUCAUCUCUUACUAUACAUAAGAUAAUCCAUACUGGAGAGAAACCCUACAAAUGUGGAGAUUAUGGCAAAGCUUGCAACCUAUCUUCAAAUCUUACUACACAUAAGGAAAUUCAUACUGGAGAGAAGCCCUACAAAUGUGAAGAAUGUGACAGAACUUUUAAUUCAUCCUAAAAACUUACUACACAUAAGAAAAUUCAUA